GCAAGGGCAAGGGCGGCAAGGGAGCUGGAGGAGCUGGCGGGGGCGGUGGAGGAGGCGGUGGAGGCGGAGGAGGGGGGUGGGGGUGGAGGUGGGAGUGGUGGCGGGGGUGGGGGCACUAGUGGCAGCAGUGGAGGCGGAGGAGGCAGCGGUGGUGGCGGUGCGAGCGGAGGUAGCGGAGGUGGAGGCGGUGGUGGAGGUAGCGGCGGCGGAGGUGGAGCUGGUCGGGGCGGCUCUACGCAGAGGGUCGGCUCCGGUGGUGGUCAGCGCCAGCAGCAGCAGCAGCAGCGCACUCGUGAGACCCCCUCCCCCUAG